CGAAGAAGAAGAAGAAGUUUUAUAGUUAACUGAAAGAAACCGGGUGAGAGCACCCUCUGAGCGAACAAAAUUAUCACUGGCGCAGAGGUACGACCCAUUCAAGACUUGUGAACGCUGUCAUUUGGUCGUGCAUGUCCCUGAGAGCCUGACGUUUCUCUUCAAUGGCUGCCUCUGGCUCCUGCGCCACAGUGCCUGAAGGAUUUCACUAUGAGACCAAGUAUGUCAUCCUCAGCUACCUCAGCCUGCUCCCGCCGUCAAGAUCAAGACCCUCAGAGACCGCGGAGGGAGAGAGCCAUUCUACACAGGAAGUGAAAAGAGAGCGGAACAGCAGCCUGAAGAAACAGAUUGAGAAUGAAAUGAAGCAGCUGGAAGAGGAAAUUGCAGCCUCUUUUUCCAGGACUGGUUUUGAUCAGCUCACAUCCCCAGUGUUCAGUCCAGCCAAUCCAGAAAGCUCCAUAGAAGACAGCCUGGCAGUGCUGGGGGACCGCAUCUCAAGGGACCUGGACACACACCUGUUCUCCGCCACUCACACGCUUCUGAACAGUGAUUUGGACUUUGAGCACUUCAGAGCAGCGGUGGAGGAGGUGUCCUCUCAUGCUCAAGGAGGAUGGAGCAAGGUGUUGGUACCCUUAGUAUUGUUACAAGCGCUGCAGAAUGAGGGGCAGCCACUGGAAACUCUGCUACAUUAUGGUUUGCGUUACCUUGAGGAAUCGCAAGCAGACUUCAUCAUUGAGCAGCGAGGAUGGGGCACUGUGUUCAGCCUGGAUGAAGCUGAGGACCCUGGCGUGAUCAUAGCCGAGGACAGUAACGACAUCUACAUCCUGUCAGGUGAACAGGCCUCAGAUCAGCUGAGCCCUCCUGCUUCACUACUGACUCUUGGAGAUAGCAGUGGGCCAGCUUCCUGGCAGACAGAGAGUCUUCCAGUGUCUCUGACAGGACACGAGUCUUGGGCGCAGGUUGGCAUGAUGGACCCAGAAGACGCCAAGAGUCUGGACAGCGCCGAAGGAGUGGCGUUAGUCGAGGAGCAAAGCGAGAACAACUCCUCGAACUCUGACAUCGUCCACGUGGAGCGUGAAGAUGCCGAACUUCUAGAAGAAGGUGGGGAGACGGUGGAGGAAGGUGAGCUGCAGAGUAGCGUACUUAGCGUGCUGGGCAGUGAAAGCGAACUCGCUGCUGUGCGAGAAGAAGCACCAACCGCAGAGCCAGUGCAAACCACAACUGAGCCGACUGUGGAAGAGAUCCCUCCAGCUCCAGCCUCAGAGCAAGAGCACCCAGCUGCCCCUGCUGCUGCCUCGUUCCCCGUGCCUGAGCCUGAACCUGAACUUCAGUCUCAGCCUGUUCCAGCUCCUGUGGAGCCACAGUCAUCUCCCCCACCUGAUCUAGAACCUGAAGUGGUUCAAGCAACCCUGGAGCAGGAGAUACUUUCAGAGGUGGAUCUGAAGGCCUCCUCCCCGGCCCACGACCUCCCUGUCCCGACCCCUCCUGAGGUGCAGACGAAGUCAGUGCCACAGCCCGAGUCCUCUGACCUCCCUGUGCUGCUAUACGGCGGUGCUGCCCUGGUGGCCAUCGCUGCAGUAUUGGCUUUUGGAGCGCUGGCCUACAGGAAGAAGUAGAAAGUCUGUGACUGUCCCUGACCUCACUGUAUCUCUUGCCCUAACGGAAGCCCUGUGGGUCACAGUGCUGCACUUUAUGGGAAAACUACUCCUCUUAUGUCAUACCAUUUUAUUUUCUGUUCUCGUUGCUUUUAUUUGUUGGCUUAGUCCAGCUUAAUGACUGGAGAGGAAUUUACAGGUGAAGUCAGGUUUCUUUUGUGCUGUAUUAGUAAACAUAGUAGUGAUUGGUUCACUAGGCUGUGACCUAGGGUCCUGGUUCCAAAAGGAACAUCAAGGCUUCUGAUUCAGAAGAAGUAAGUUCAUUUGUGUUAGUGAAGCAUGUUUAUUCUCGUAUAUAAAUAUUUGAUUUAAUGAAGUUAGGUUUGACUUUUAAACACAAGCUUGUGGGAGUGCAUGAUUAUGAUUUUAUCUUAUCAGACAUGAAAUAUUAAAGUGCAAAUCUUUAUGGGCUGUGCUCCUCAGAUAGAUUGUGUGACUGAUAUUCUCCCAAAAUAUAUCAGUACUUGUACAAGAUUACUCGCAACAACCGAAAGCAAAGUAUCCAUGCAUUCUUGAUUCAUUUAGACAUUCAUAUUAACCAUCUUUAGUGUAUAUUUUGAAUAAAUUAGGCUUGCAUGAAUCCUUUUUUUGAAUUCCCUUUUAAAAGUAGAAGCCUAGGUCACAGCCUCAAAUGGGAAACCCCUUCUCUUUGACCGAUACAUUUUGUUUAAGGGAUUGUCAUUUCUUAAUGUACAGCAAUUCGAUAUAAUGUGAACAUUUGUUCUGUUAGGUACAAAACAUUUUUGUAAAAACUUGUGAAAAUACUACACCAGCAGAGUCAAUAUUGCCAUGGUGACAGGGCACAGUUGACUGAAUUUAUCCCAACGUCAGGAAGCGGAAGAUAAUGCUAGAUGAAAAGUCAUAUUUAGUUUUCUAAUAUGAUGUUUCUAAGCAUGCAUUUUGUAAUUAAAUGUCCCUAAUUCUGGGUCAGAAGCAAUUUCAAUAAAAUCUUGUGAAAUAUUAAAAUGAGUAUAUGAUGAAAUGUUACACUUGUGGUUUAAUCUUAAACCACCAUGAUUUAGAAACAUCCAAAUGGGUUUUGUAAUUCUAGAGUAAAAAGUGAUUUGCUGUGGUCGGUAACAUUAACUGGCUAUUGCUCAAAUCAAGUGCUGACUUCAGGUUUGGGGGACCAGAAUGUCUCUUAAAUGUCUUCUGAGCCACACCGAUCAGUCAUCGGUCCUUUGCAGUUUUUCUCUGUCUCCUCAAACAUAGUAUUUUCUGUCUUCUCUGUCUCUGAUUUACACCUUGCCUGUACCUUGUGCUGUUGUUUGUCCUUGAAAGCUAAAAAGGCCUGCACAGCACAGCCUUGUCACCCUCCUUUCCCUGUUGUGUGCCUAUCUAAAAGAGACCCUGGUCAAAACAACAGAAAAUGUAAGCAGAAGUCACACGUACAGGCAGGAUCCACCUGUUUUGUCUGAGAAAACG